AGUCUUCAAGCUGAGCUCACACAAUCAAAGCGACAAAAUGUUUUUUGUGAUUUCGAAAUUCUCCUCCUGAAACAAUCUCACAAUGAAUAUAAUCCAGUAUUUUUUGACGUUGAUAUCGUUGGUACAUUGCGAUGCGGCAAGGAUACUGGCGUUUCUUACUAUGCCAUCACUCAGCCAUCAUCUCACAUUCCGACCGCUUACUGAAGAACUGGUAAAACGAGGACAUGAAGUCGUUGUAGUCACCACAGACCCGGCCUAUCCUGCAGGAAAAACUCCAGAAAAUCUCACAGAAGUAGACUUGCACGAUAUUUCUUACAACACUUAUAUCAAAAUAUUUAGUAAGAACAUAAAGGGUCAAAAUAACGUAUAUGUUCAAUGCACAUCUUUAAUAGACGCAUUAAUGCAAGUCUUUGAGGUCCAAUACAGAAGUGAUGUAGUACAAAAACUACUCAAAGAUGAUAAAAAAUUUGAUAUAGUGAUUACAGAAUCGACUUACAGAAUAACAGUGUUAUUGGGUCAUGUGUUAAAAGCGCCUGUUAUAUUAUUGAGUUCAUUUGGUUUUGGUGUAACUAAUGCUGAAACCAUGGGAGCUCCUGUUCAUCUAAUGUAUCCGAGCGUCUUAAGACAAAGAGUCAAAAAUCUUACUUUGAUAGAACAAAUAACGGAGACUUACAAAGAAGUAUAUUUAACAAAAUUGAUCUACGCUCAUGAAGUAAUGGAGAAUGCACUAAUAGAGAAAGUGGAGCCUGGCAGUCCAACUAUGUCAGAAUUGUUCGAGAACUCCAAUUUGUUUUUGGUCAAUGCACAUCCGAUUUGGGAGUCCAAUCGACCUGUUCCUCCAGGAAUCGUAUUUUUGGGUGUCGUGUUUCAGAAAACCAACACAGUUCUGCCGCAGGAUCUGAAAAAACUCUUGGAUAACUCUAAGAAUGGUGUUAUUUAUAUAAGUUUUGGCACUACAGUCCAGGAAAGACAAUUGCCAAUAGAAAAGAUUCAAAUAUUCAUCAAAGUAUUUUCCGAAUUACCGUAUGACGUCAUUUGGAAAUGGAAUAGCGCCGACAAACCCCAAGCACCAGAAAAGAUUAAGUUCGUGAAAUGGGUUCCGCAGCCGGAUCUGUUGAAACAUCCAAAUUUGAAACUAUUCAUUACCCAUGGCGGGAUUCACUCCACUUACGAAUCCAUUAUGUUCGGAGUACCAUUCAUAACCAUACCGAUGCAUUUAGAUCAAUAUUUCAACGCGGAUCACUGCGUUCAACACGGAGUCACUAAAAAGUUAAAUUUUGAAACGAUCACUGAAGAUAUCUUGAAGGAUUCUAUAACCGCGGUUGUUACAGAUAACAGGUAAAUCUCCUAGUCUCUUUAUAUAACAGCCAAGGAAAGAUUGUGAUUAUGGGUGAAUUUACAUCCCUAAAAAACGAUGUACUGUAAAACCCAAAAAGAACAUUAUUACUUUAAUAGCAAAUCCAAACAAAGAGAAAUAAACAAAAAAUGAUUCUUUCAAAAUCCCGAUAUUGGGCCAAAGUAAUAAAAUUAUUGUAGUAUCAUCGAUCCUUGAUACGUGAUCGGAGUUUCAAAUUAAUAGGACCGCUUGAAUUCUGUGAAAAUUAAGUUGCAAAUUUCCGUUACAUACAUAAAGUAAAGCUAAUAAAA